AAUACCCCACUGCCUUCGCAAAGCAGAAAAUCCUGAUCAAGUGCUCACACAUGACUAGUAGUGCUCCUCCUUCCCUGCCUGACGAUGACCCCAAUCAUGAACUUCAACUGUCUGGCGAUCGGAAUUUCGCCCUUCAUGGUGAAAUCACGAUGCUUAUUCUCCUCCUCCUAUUUGCCAUCUUUAUUCUCUUCCUCCUCCUUUUCCUCUGCAUAAAGCGCUCCCGCAGUAACCUCCAAAACUGGGAUUCCUGUGAGGAGCACGACUCCACCAAGAAUUUCCCCUGCGCCGUUUUCCAGCGGGGAAAGUGCCUUCAUCAAAACAGGGAGCAUCGGCCCCCAAUCCAUGAAUCUGCUGUGUAGAUCAGAUGCAUGCUGGUGCCGUUAAUAUCUCAAAUAAAUAACGAGACCAGGCGAUGCCAAAUCAUUCUAGCAUAAAAGAUGAGAAGAGGGAGAUUGGUAAUGGUAGGGUAUUUAUCUUCUGCAGAGGAUCAUUCCAGGGCACUACCGUAUUGAUAUGUCACCAAGCAAUUGCUUGUAAUGUAAUUAAUGUUUAUCAUUAUUUUUAUCUCCCUUUAAACUCUCUGUAUUUUUUUGUUCAUCUCUUGGUUUAAAAUCUUUCUAUUAAUAAUUCCCCAAGGUUUGG